AAUCUGCGUUAAGUUGUAUUCAGUUGCAGUUCAGCAAAAGCGAACGGUCUCUUAAGAAAGUAACUCAUAAAAAAAUCGACAGACACUUCAAAAAUGUUCAAAUUCGCAGCCAUAUUCGCUCUCCUCGUCGCCGUCUCUUCUGCUGGAUUAAUCGGCCAUGGUAUUGCUGUAGCCCCAGCAAUCGCACCCGUAGCGGUCCAUGCCCCAGCUGCUUCCUCCUACCAAAACAGCAACCUUCUUGCUCUCCACGCUACUCCCGUUGUGGCUGCCGCUCCCGUUGCUAAAGUUGCUGUCGCCGCUCCAGCUCUUGCCAUCGGAGGACACGGACUCGGUCUUGGACAUGGUUUGGGAUUCGGUCUUCAUCAUUAGAACUUAUACAUUGAAUUGAUAACGGGUCAAUUGCCAUACCAUCAGCAUCCUCAUUUUAUUUAUUUAUUUAUUUAUAUGUACUUAUGUAAUCAUUUAGAAGUGAAAAAAUCAAA